GCAACCUGUCGGUUGUACAAGCAGUUAAGCUUCGCACACGUUUUUGGGUUUCUGCUCCCAAACUGGGACUUUAGUCGAUGGAUAAUAGGGACAAAAUAAUAUAAAAUGACAGACUACGGAGAGGAACAGCGGAAUGAGCUGGAAGCGAUUCAGUCCAUUUAUCCCGAUUCAUUCACAGUUCUGUGUGAAGAUCCAAUAAGUUUCACCAUUACGGUUUCCUCAGAUGCUGGAGGGAAUGAUGAGAUGGUACAGGUGAUGUUGAAGUUCACCUAUGUGGAGAAUUAUCCAGAUGAAGUGCCACUGUGGGAGAUUCAGUCACAGGAAAACCUGGAAGACAGGGACAUUGAGGACAUCUUGUCUCUGUUACAGCAGCAGGCAGAUGAGAACCUGGGCAUGGUUAUGAUCUUCACAUUGGUGACAGCUGUGCAGGAAAAAUUAAACGAAGUCAUAGAUCAGAUGAAGAUCAGAAGAGAAGAAGAGAAGAAUAGAAAAGAAAGAGAGGCUGAAGAGGCAGAGAAGAAAGCAUUUCAGGGAACUGUAGUUACAAUCGAGAACUUCCUGACAUGGAAGGCACGGUUUGAGCAAGAGAUGGCUGAGCUGAAGAGGAAAAAACAGAAAGAGGAGGAGCAAUCGGGGAAAAACAAACUUACUGGAAAGCAGCUGUUUGAAAAAGACCGGAACCUGGACACGUCGGAUAUUCAGUUCUUGGAGGAAGCUGGAAACAGUGUGGAAGUGGACGAGUCUUUAUUCCAAGACAUGGACGAUUUGGAGCUGGAUGAAGACGAUCCUGAUUUUGAUCCCUUGGAUUUGGGCAGUGAUGACGAUUAAUGUUGAAUAAAUUAAUAAAGCUUUGAGUAAAAAUGGACAUUUCUUUUAGUUUCAUAGAAUUACAAAUAAACAGGGCUGUGUUUGAAA